ACGUUAAAGGCCCCAGCGAAAGGUUUGCCUUCGUGAGCUUUCGACUGUGAACUCGAACAAGUGUGCGUGUCCUCGUUUAUUUCUGCUAUUUCUUUUUCUUAUAUAUGCUCGAAAACCAUUACAAAGUGCCUUGAGUCAUUUCAGUAAGUGAUUAAAACUACUUAAAAUGUGGUUCCCGGUGCCGACGCAAACACGUGUUUAUAUAGUGCUGUCGGGGCAAUGUCGUGUUUCAAAAGCGAUAUAAACUUCUGUCCUGAAUGUGGUAAUAUACUCCCGGUUCCUUUGCUGAAAGACGACAUCACGUGUCCUCGAUGCUCCUUCAAGAUCUCUGUACGCGAAUUUGCAGGGCAGGUUAUCACGUCAUCGGUGGUAUUUAAUCCUUUGGAUGAGAGUUCGUCUGCUGUAGAGAGCAAGAAAGACUCGGAACUAUCAGGCCCAGUGGUGGAUAGGAGGUGUUCACGAUGCAAUAAAGAAGGAAUGGUGUACCACACCAGACAAAUGAGGUCUGCAGAUGAAGGCCAAACUGUGUUUUUCACCUGUAUUCACUGCAGAUACCAAGAAAAGGAGGAUUCAUAAGAGGAGGUGUUGCUGGCUGUUUUUGGUGUGUGUGUGCCUUUUAUUGUGGAGAUUUGACUUGAUCCCAUUAAAGUGCAGUUUUUUAAAGAUGCUGAUUUAAUAUAUUCCAAAAUGGUAACUUUUUUUUUCCAGGAUUUUGAUCCUUCUUGCAAUAAAAAUCCUACUUUUUUUAUGAA